CUCCUGGGUACCAGCCAAUGGGCUGAGUGGAGUUAGUGUGGGGGAGCGUCUGCACAUUGUGCUUACCCCGCGGGGGUUUUAAUGAAGAGUUCUUUAAUGAGACUGGCUAGGGUUUGUUUUUUGGGGGGGUGGAUUGGUUAACUUAGCUGAAUCAUUCUGUUAUUUAGUCUCUCCUCUCUACCCCACCCCGCCCUGCGGGCUGUUGUUAUUCUUUCAUUGGUGCCCAAAGCCUGUCGAUUACUUUAAGGUUGCAACUUGUACGCGAGUGUUCUAUUGGAUCCCACAGGGUUCCAUUCCCAGCGUCUCCACGUUCCAAAGUGAUUGUUCUAUUGGAUCCCACAGGGUUCCAUUCCCAGUGUCUCCACGUUCCAAGUGAUUGUUCUCCUGGAACCCGGAGGCGGGCGCUGCUGCCUCCCGAUCUCAAACACCAUAUUCCCCAGGGUAUCCCCCUCGAUGACGGCCGCAACCCGGCAGUGAACACACGGUGUACCGCCUGGCAGUUCAAAAAUUACAACCUUCUAUCGCCUUAUCUAUCCACUUUUACUUUUAUGUUUAAUUGUGGUGAACACUCCCGGUUUUUAAAAAAAAGUUAGAACUCCCCAAUGAUCAGCAGAGAAGUGACUUAAAAAGUCACCCCUUCUGCCAAGGGCAAGAGGAUACAGAAGAUACUUGUUUUUUUUCUCUCAACAGUGCGUGCGUUUCCUGAAAUAAAUAUGGUCGAGUUAUCUCAGCUGUCCCCGUUAUAGGAAGCGUGAGUUGCUUGUGGAAGCGAAAGUUUCAAUUCGAGAGUAUAACCGUUCUCGCUGAUUGUACGUUUAGUGUUUUCCUCAAUUUUGACUAACUUUUGAAUAUUGCAAACAGCCGUGGGCCUCUUGAAAAUGAGCACACCAAAUUUCAGAAAGGGGACAGCUGCGUUUUCAGUUAUCUUUUUAUUUGCUGCGUGUCAAACGUUUCCAACCCCGGCCGACCGAGAUACUUUGAUGAAACUGGAGCAGUUCGAAUUUAUAGGCGGUAAUCUACUCUCGACUAAAAAAGAACUUCAGCUUAAUUAUAUACUUGAGAAAAUAAAAGGAAAGGAAAUAACAGAAGGAAUGAAAACUGGUAAAUUCCCACCAGCCAUGCACUUUUUCAGAGCAAGAGAACUAAUUGAACAGAGCUCAGUUUUUAACAUUAUACAGAAGAUGCCCAAAGGUGCUGGUUUACAUCUCCAUGAAUAUGCCUUAUUGAGUGUGGAUUGGCUUGUGAAGAAUGCUACUUACCUGCCUAAUUGUUACAUUUGCUUCACACCUAUGGAUGGCAUCAGGUUUCAUUAUUUCUCUAGAAACCAGCAGAAAAGGCUGGCGAACUGCUCAGAAUGGAUUUUGCUUGAGCAAUAUAGGAAACAAAUUCAAAACGUCACAGAAUUUGAUAACAGCCUAUACAGAAAUCUUACAUUGGUAACAGAAAACCCUGAAGAAGCCUACCAAUCGCAAAACAUCAUUUGGAAAAAAUUUGCUAACGUAUUUACUGCUGCUAGCAGUCUCAUUUCAUAUGCCCCAGUAUUUAAAACCUACUUCUAUGAGGCUUUGAAGGAAUUCUAUCAUGAUAAUGUACAAUACAUAGAGAUACGAGCAUUGCUACUGCCGGUCUAUGAACUCGAUGGAACCUUACAUGACAAGGAUUGGUCCAUUAUGGCUUACCAGGAGGUUGCCAGACAAUUCAAAAAUGAUAAUCCUGACUUUGUGGGAGCCAAAGUCAUCUUUUCUGUACAUAGGAAAUUGAACAACUCAGAAAUGAAAACUAUGAUAAAUGAGGCCAUGGAACUUUACAAGAAAUUCCCAGAGAUUUUGGCAGGAUUUGAUAUGGUUGGUCAGGAAGAUGCUGGGCACCCGCUAUGGUAUUUCAAGAAUGAGCUAUUAAUUCCAGCAAAAAUGGGAAUUAAGCUGCCUUACUUCUUUCAUGCGGGGGAAACUGACUGGGAAGGCAUGAGUAUAGAUGAAAACGUCUUGGAUGCCUUUCUGCUGAACACAAGUCGAAUAGGCCAUGGCUACAGCAUGAACAAGCAUCCUGUGGCAAAGCAGUUUUCCAAAAAGUUUGAUGUGCCAUUGGAAGUGUGUCCAAUCUCAAACCAGGUGCUUAUGCUGGUGAGUAAUCUACAGAAUCACCCAGCUGCAGCCUUCAUGGCAGAAGGUCAUCCCAUGGUCAUUAGUGCUGAUGAUCCAGCUGUUUUUGGGGCUCGUGGUUUAUCGUAUGACUUCUAUGAGGCUUUCAUGGGAAUAGGAGGUUUAAAGGCUGAGCUGACAACACUGAAGCAAUUGGCAUUGAACUCAAUCAAGUACAGUGCUAUGUCUGCCCAGAUGAAAGCUGAAACCAUCAAACUCUGGCUUAAAAAGUGGGAUCAGUUUUUGGAUGUUGUUCUUCACAUGUUCAAUAGUGAUGAGCUGUGAGAAGGGGUUUUCUAAUUGGGAGGUAUCUAAAUUCCUGUGCUAUGGUGACUGCUUUCCUUGUUUUGAAAGCAUUCUGAGAACCCAAUUCAUCAACUGUGCUUUUAGUUAUACCCCCAAUACCUUUAUAUUAUUUCCUUUAUCCUCUCUCGCUCAGUAUCCAAUUUAUUCUUCCAGUCUGCAAAUGAUGGUUUAGUUAUACCCCCAAUACCUUUAUAUUAUUUCCUUUAUCCUCUCUCGCUCAGUAUCCAAUUUAUUCUUCCAGUCUGCAAAUGAUGGUUUUUACUCGUUUUACACUGUCAGGCACUUGAAAAAAUAGCUUUAUCCAGCACCCUUGAUUUGGCUACAAAAGAAAGAAAGUCUUGUAUUUCUAUAGUGCCUUUUGGCCUUGGGGUAUCCAAAGGUGUUUUAUAACCAAUGAAGCUCUUUUAGCACUUGUAAUGUAGGAUCUUCAAAAUUGUACACAUGUUGUAAGACCUGGUACAUGAAUGUAAAUUUGGGCCGUCCUUUAUUGGUCUUCAGAAUAUAUUUAUUUUGAAUGAUAUUUAUAUCCCUUUUGUGAAUAUAAAUUUUCUCCGGUUCAGUGUGCUGAAAAUCAAAGCCAUCCUUGUCUUUGGUUCCCUCCCUGCCCUUACGUAGCUCUGAUCUUGAUGCCAUUAACCUUCCUGGCUGCAAUCAUGAGAUCAUAAGAAAUAGGAGCGGACAAGGCCAUUUGGCCUACUGAGCCUGCUCUGCCAUUCAGUAAUAUCAUGACUGAUCUGAUUAUGGACAUAAAUCCACUUUCCUGCCUGCCCCCUAUAACCCUUGAAGAUCAAAACUUCUGGCAACAUCACUCUAAGUCUAAAGGUAUGGAACCUUGGAGUACUGCUAGCCCUGGAACUGAAAUUCCUUUAUUACACCCAUUCCAAUAGCAAGACUGCUUUUGUCUCUCAAUAAUGCUCUCCUAACUGGUCUCCUUGCUUCCCAAUUAAAACAACGUACCAUGUUCCGAGUUCUCAUUUCUGCAAAGUCACGUGCUUCUAUCACCCCUAUCCCUGCAAAUUUCUACUGGCUUCUCAUGUGAUUGCAAGUCGAUUUUAAGAUUUUUAUUUUGGAUUUUGUAGCCCACAUGACCUCACAUGCACUUCCAUCUGUCUCUUUCUAGCCUUUUGGCCUCCAACAACCUCUUACACCAGUCUGCUCCUCCCCUGCUCCCUCAUUCAUUAUUAGCAACCAUUGUUUUAGUCAGUUGUGCUUUAGAACCCCCUAUCUAAAUUCCUGUGCUAUGGUGACUGCUUCCCUUGUUUUGAAAGCAUUCUGAGAACCCAAUUCAUCAACUGUGCUUUUAGUUAUACCCCCAAUACCUUUAUAUUAUUUCCUUUAUCCUCUUUCGCUCAGUAUCCAAUUUAUUCUUCCAGUCUGCAAAGCAUUUUUCUAUACACAAAAAGCAGUAUAGAAAUGCAAUUUUAUAAUUGUAAACUGGAGCUGAAACUGUUGUCAGCCCCUAAUGAUAUGGCAAUUUUUUACUAAAAAUGAUAUGGAUGAAAAUAUAAAGGAAACGAGUCCUUUCAUUUUUGAUUAUCAAGUAAUCUUAUCAAUUUAUGCCAGAGAUGGGUAGCAGUAAUAGGGAAGGGAGAAGACAUGAGAUGGAAGACAAAGGUUCAGCUUGUGGGUCUAGCUAUCUGUUAACAUUUGUAGUGUCUAUAUGAAACAUCAUUGACCCCGAGAUGGGUUUUGUUGAGGUGAGCCAUUUCAGAGGCAAAGAGUUUGUCAUGUUAAUAAAGGAAAAAGGAGACUAGUUUGGAAUCCGCCCUUACACUGCACCUUGAACCACAAUUAAUCUUUCCAGGAGAUUAAAUAAUGUUAGCUUCAUUUUUUAUGUAUGACUUGUGGAAAGGAAAACAUUGUUCAGAUUUCUUUUUUUUAAUUGUGUCUGCAACAUUAUUGGAAGGAAUGUACAUUGUAAGAAUGAUUCUAGUGCAAUGUAACAUGACCCAUAUAUACUUAUACACAAACAUAAAAUGGCACCUUGUUCAAUAAUGUUCACAAAAAGUUUCUUGUGGAUUGAAUACAUACUUAUGCUUUAUGAUAACAAUAUAAAAAUGCUGAGCCAGUAAUUAUAUGUAAGUUUAUCAUUAAUUUUAACAGCUGUUACUAUGUUUUAUAAAUGCAUUUGAUUUCAAAUAUAGGUCAAAUACUAACUGCAUGACAUGUUAAAUGUAAAAUAGUUGUCAAAUGAAAGUUUCCUAUAACCUUUCAUUUACUACAUAAAUAUUUGUAGAAGGGCUUGUACAUGACGCAGCAUAGGUUCAGGUUCCUUGUCAUUUGUAUUCAAGCAGAAUCUUUGCCAUCUGCAAUGGGUAUCUAUUCAUCCCAGCAGGAAUAGGAGUGAUUCAUUCAGCUGAGUGUGAGGAACCUGAUUAAAUGACUACUGAAAAAGGAGCUCUGUAAUAUAAGUAAUGAAACAUUGCUCAAAUGGACAGAUUUUUUUUUGAGUAUUCAUCGAUAUGGUAAUAGGAUUGUAGACAAGGUGAAAUGUUAUUGCUUGCUAAUUAACAUGAGCACGUGGUGAAAUGAUUAUGCAAGUCUGGCACAUGAAGAUUGUGUCCAACUGCAGUAUGGACCAGCAUAUGGCAUGUUAGUUUAAAACUGAAAAAAGUUUAAUUGUGUUUUGAUGAACUGAUUUGUGUCAAUGGUGCUAGGAUGUGCCUUGCAGCACUGCAUGGGGGUAGCACUGUCACCCCCUGAGCCUUUUCCUUAGUUUAUCUUUUACAAAAAUAAAGUUUUGAUUGAGCUGUG